GCGGGGCGGCGCGGGCCGCCACCAUGGAGCCGCAGCGCCGGGAGCUGCUCGCCCAGUGUCAGCAGAGCCUGGCCCAGGCCAUGACCGAGGUGGAGGCCGUGCUGGGGCUGCUGGAGGCAGCGGGAGCGCUGAGCCCCGGCGAGCGGCGGCAGCUGGACGAGGAGGCGGGAGGUGCCAAGGCGGAGCUGCUGCUCCAGCUACUCCUGGCCAAGGAGCAGGACCACUUCCAGGACCUGCGCGCCGCCUUGGAGAAGACUCAGCCUCACCUGCUGCCCAUUCUCUACCUGAACGGCGUCGUCGGGCCGCCUCAGUCCGCAGAGGGCGCAGGCUCCACCUACAGUGUCCUGUCCAUCAUGCCCUCAGACUCGGAGAGCAGCAGCUCCCUCAGCAGUGUGGGGACCACUGGAAAGGCGCCGUCCCCACCGCCCCUCCUCACUGAGCAGCAGGCCAACGACAAGGUGGAGAACCUCUCCAUUCAGCUGCGGCUGAUGACCCGCGAGAGGAACGAGCUCCGCAGGCGCCUGGCCUUCGCCACCCAUGGAGCCACCUUUGACAAAAGGCCCUACCACAGGCUGAAUCCUGAUUACGAGAGGUUAAAGAUCCAGUGUGUGCGGGCCAUGUCGGACCUGCAGAGCUUACAGAACCAGCACACCAACGCCUUGAAGAGGUGCGAGGAGGUGGCCAAGGAGACAGACUUCUACCACACCCUCCACAGCCGGCUCCUGAGUGACCAGACUCAGCUGAGGGAUGACGUGGACAUGCUGAGACGGGAGAAUGGGAAACUGCUGCGGGAGCGCAACCUGCUGCAGCAGUCCUGGGAGGACAUGAAGAGGCUCCGCGAGGAGGACCAGAAGGAGAUCAAUGACCUCCGGGCCCAGCAGCAGCAGGUGCUGAAGCACAAUGGCUCGUCAGAGAUCCUCAACAAGCUGUACGGCACGGCCAUGGACAAGCUGGAGGUCAUCAAGAAGGACUACGAUGCCUUGCGCAAGAGGUACAGCGAGAAGGUCGCCGUGCACAACUCUGACCUGAGCCGCCUGGAGCAGCUGGGGGAGGAGAACCAGCGCCUGCAAAAGCAGACCGAGAUGUUGACCCAGCAGAGGGACACGGCCAUCCAGUUGCAGCACCAGUGUGCUCUCUCUCUGAGGAGGUUUGAGACAAUCCACCACGAGCUGAGCAAGGCCACCGCCCAGAACAAGGACCUGCAGUGGGAGAUGGAGCUGCUGCAGUCCGAGCUCACGGAGCUGAGGAGCAAGCAGGUGAAGACCGCCAAGGAGUCAGAGAAAUACAAGGAGGAGCGCGACGCUGUGUACAGCGAAUACAAGCUCAUCAUGAGCGAGCGCGACCAGGUCAUCUCCGAGCUGGACAAGCUGCAGACAGAGGUGGAGCUGGCCGAGUCCAAGCUCAAGAGCAGCACAUCUGAAAAGCAGGCAGCCAGCGAGGAGAUGGAGGCCCUGCGGCAGAUCAAAGACACAGUGACCAUGGAUGCCGGGAGAGCCAACAAGGAGGUGGAAAUCCUCCGAAAGCAGUGCAAGGCUUUGUGCCAGGAGCUGAAGGAAGCACUCCAGGAAGCAGACGUGGCCAAGUGCCGGCGGGACUGGGCCUUUCAGGAACGGGACAAGAUCGUGGCAGAGCGUGACAGCAUCCGGACCCUGUGUGACAACCUGAGGCGAGAGCGGGACCGGGCCGUGAGCGAGCUGGCUGAAGCCCUUCGUAGCCUGGAUGACACUCGGAAGCAGAAGAAUGACGUCAGCCGUGAACUUAAGGAACUCAAGGAGCAGAUGGAAUGCCAUCUGGAGAAGGAGGCUCGCUUCCGGCAGCUGAUGGCCCACAGUUCCCACGACUCCGCCAUCGACACGGAUUCCAUGGAGUGGGAAACGGAAGUUGUGGAGUUUGAAAGAGAGACGGAGGAUAUUGAUUUGAAAGCACUUGGGUUUGACAUGGCAGAAGGUGUGAAUGAGCCUUGUUUCCCGGGGGACUGUGGCAUAUUUGUUACUAAAGUGGACAAAGGAAGCAUCGCUGAUGGUCGUUUAAGGGUCAACGACUGGCUGCUGAGAAUCAACGAUGUGGACCUCAUCAACAAGGACAAGACACAGGCCAUCAAGGCACUGCUCAAUGGAGAGGGGGCCAUCAACAUGGUCGUGAGGCGGAGGAAGUCCCUGGGCGGGAAGGUCGUCACACCGCUGCACAUUGACCUCAGUGGACAGAAAGACAGUGGCAUCAGUUUGGAGAAUGGAGUGUAUGCUGCUGCUGUGGUACCAGGAAGCCCGGCCGCCAAAGAGGGGUCCCUCGCCGUGGGAGACAGGAUUGUUGCGAUCAACGGUAUUGCACUGGACAAUAAGUCUCUGAAUGAAUGUGAAUCUCUGCUGCGCAGCUCUCAAGACUCCUUGACCCUCUCCCUCCUGAAGGUGUUUCCCCAGAGCUCCUCAUGGAGUGGCCAGAACAUCUUUGACAACAUGAAGGACUCAGAUCGGAUGCUGAGUUGCCGAGCCCACGGCCCUGAGGUCCAGGGACAUAACAAACGGAACCUGUUACAGCACAACAACUCCACACAGACGGACAUCUUCUGUGCUGACCAGCUGGAGGACAGGAAGGAGCUGGGUGUCCCUGGAGGCAGCAGCUCUUUCCUGCACAAGCCGUUCCCCGGAGUCUCCUCUCCAGCCUCCCCCCAGGCCUGUCCUAGCACCUCUGAGCGUAGUCUGAACUCUGCAGAACGUGGCUACGGGCUGGUGGAUGUGCAGAGCCAGCGGCCACUGCUGUCUUUCAAGACUGAAGCGGGCCCCUGUGGGGCAGUAGAGGCUCCCUUGGACAAGAUAGACCCUGAGGGCUCUAACAGUGGCGGGACCUGGCCCAAGGCUAUGCUUGGCUCCGCAACAGGGCCUGAGAAGCUCUCCGUAUACAAGAAACCCAAGCAAAGGAAGUCCAUCUUUGACCCAAAUACUUUCAAGCGCCCACAGACACCCCCCAAAAUAGACUACCUGCUUCCAGGCCCUGGGCUUGCUCACUCCCCCCAGCCCUCCAAGAGGGUAGGGUCUCUGACACCCCCAAAGCCCCCCAGGAGAAGUGACUCUAUCAAGUUCCAACACAGGCUGGAGACCAGUUCUGAGUCAGAGGCCACUUUGGUGGGCAGCUCACCUUCCACCAGCCCUCCGAGUGCCCCACCCCCCAGCGUGGACCCCGGGGAACCCAUGCAUGCUUCACCCCCUCGCAAGGCCAGGGUCCGUAUCGCCUCCAGCUACCACUCUGAAGGGGACGGAGACACCUCCUGCUUGCCUGCCAAGAAGCCCUGUGAUGAAGACCUCACCUCCCAGAAAGUGGAUGAGCUGGGGCAGAGGCGGCGCAGGCCAAAGUCUGCUCCUAGUUUUAGGCCCAAGAUCGCUCCAGUAGUGAUUCCUGCUCAGUGUCUGGAGGUAGAGCAGGAGUGUGUUGCAGCCAGUGGAGAGCUCUCCCCAGAGGUCCAGGAAUGGUCCCCGUACUCACCAGGCCACUCUAGCCGGCAUGGCAACCCCCUGCUCUACCCCAACCGGCCAUCUGUGGGCACUGUUCCCCGGAGUAUGACUCCCAGCACCACUGUGAGCUCCAUUCUGCGGAACCCUAUCUACACUGUGCGCAGCCACAGGGUGGUUCCCUGUGGCUCUCCACCUGUGCCCCGCGAUGCUGGCCCCCAGGGCUUGUCUCCCAGUGUCCAGCACCAGGGACGCCUCAGUCUGGACCUGAGCCACAGGGCCUGCGGUGACUACUCUGAGAUGAGAGCCUCCCAGGGUUCCAACUCCCUGCCUUCCAGUGCCCGCCUUGGGUCUUCCAGUAACCUGCAGUUCAAGGCAGAGCGGAUUAAGAUUCCACUAACCCCGAGAUAUCCCCGGUCUGUCCUGGGCUCUGACAGAGGUUCAUUGUCACAUUCUGAAUGCAGCACUCCUCCCCGGUCCCCGCUGAACAUCGAUACCCUGUCCUCCUGCAGCCAGCCUCAGACCUCAGCCUCCACAUUGCCCAGGAUUGCUGUCAACCCUUCGUCCCACGGGGAGCGGAGAAAGGACAGGCCUUUCCUGGAGGAACCACGUCACGUGAAGGUGCAGAAGGGUUCCGAGCCUCUGGGCAUCUCCAUUGUGAGUGGAGAGAAGGGUGGCAUCUAUGUCUCCAAGGUGACCGCAGGGAGCAUCGCCCACCAGGCUGGCCUUGAGUACGGGGACCAGUUACUUGAAUUCAAUGGCAUAAACCUGAGGAGUGCCACCGAGCAGCAGGCCCGGCUCAUCAUCGGACAGCAGUGUGAUACUAUUACCAUCCUGGCCCAGUACAACCCACACAUUCACCAGCUCAACAGUCACUCCCGCUCCAGCUCCCACCUGGACCCUGCUGCCACCCCUUACGCUACUCUCCAGAGCAACAGUGCUGCGACUCCAGAGCAUGCCUCUGUCAUUGACCCACUGAUGGAACAGGAUGAAGGCCCUGGCACCCCCCCAGCCAAGCAGAGCACCCCCAGCUCCAGGAUUGUGGGAGAUACCAGCAAGAAGACCCCUGAACCCCGGAUUGUUUUCAUCAAGAAAUCCCAGCUGGAUCUCGGGGUGCACUUGUGUGGUGGGAACCUGCACGGGGUGUUUGUGGCCGAGGUGGAAGAUGACAGUCCUGCCAAGGGUCCUGAUGGGCUCGUGCCAGGGGACCUCAUCCUGGAGUAUGGCAACCUGGAUGUACGCAACAGGACAGUGGAGGACGUCUAUGUGGAGAUGCUGAGGCCUAAGGAUAGUGUCCGCCUGAAGGUGCAGUACCGCCGUGAGGACUUCACCAGAGUCAAGGGCCUGCCCGGCGACAGCUUCUACAUCAGGGCCCUGUACGAGCGCCUGGCAGAGGUGGAGGCUGAACUGAGUUUUAAGAAAGAUGACAUCCUGUACGUGGACGACACCUUGCCCCAGGGCAUGUUUGGGUCCUGGAUGGCCUGGCAGCUGGAUGAGCACGCCCAGAAGAUCCAGCGUGGCCAGAUUCCCAGCAAAUACGUGAUGGACCAAGAGUUCUCAAGGAGGCUCAGCAUGUCCGAGGUCAAAGAUGACAACACAGCGAAGACGCUGUCAGCAGCUGCUCGCCGCUCCUUCUUCCGAAGGAAACAGAAACACAAGCGCAGUGGGUCCAAAGAUGGCAAGGACCUGCUCACCCUGGACAACCUUUCCAGUGACUCCAUUCCCCUCUUUGAAGACUCAGUGAGCCUGGCCUAUCAGCGGGUCCAGAAAGUGGACUGUACCUCUCUUCGGCCCGUCCUCAUCCUGGGUCCUUUACUGGAUGUGGUAAAAGAGAUGCUGGUAACUGAGGCGCCCGGGAAGUUCUGCAGAUGCCCACUUGAGGUGAUGAAGGCCUCCCAGCAAGCCAUCGAGCGGGGUGUCAAAGACUGCCUGUUUGUGGACUACAAGCGGAGGAGUGGCCAUUUUGACGUUACCACAGUGGCUUCAAUAAAGGAGAUCACAGAAAAGAACCGGCACUGCCUCCUGGACAUCGCCCCACAUGCCAUCGAGCGGCUGCACCAUAUGCACAUCUACCCCAUCGUCAUCUUCAUCCGCUUCAAGAGCGCCAAGCACAUCAAGGAGCAGAGAGACCCUGUCUACCUGAGGGACAAGGUGACGCAAAGGCAUUCCAAAGAACAGUUCGAGACGGCGCAGAAGAUCGAUCAGGAAUAUAGCCGGUACUUCACAGGGGUCAUCCAGGGUGGACCCCUGUCAGGCAUUUGCACUCAGAUCCUGGCCAUGGUCAGUCAAGAGCAAAGUAAAGUCCUGUGGAUUCCCGCUUGCCCACCCUAACAGAAGGCUGUGUCAGAGGCACCUCCGUGACCAGACGUUGGGGACAGCUGGCUGGCUCGUCUGUCUGUGGACAAGCUGGGAAGGACCCUGAACCAGAACUCCAGGAACACCUCCUUUGUCAGACAGAGAGCCGCAAAGAUUUGGGCCCACCUGGUGGAUGGCAGUACUCAUGCGUGGGCUUUAAAAGCAGAAACACAAAAGACUUGAGCCUCCCACAGCCAGCCCAGCAGAGGUGCUGUGGCCAGGACCUUGCUGAUCACAAGUUUACAAAGCCUUUUCUAAGUAUUUGGUUGUCUAUGUUUACUUGAAUGGCUCCAUGUUGUCGGUGCCCAGCCCCUAAUCCCAACCCCUCUAUCACUGUCUAUUGGUUUGAUGUUCCUGUCUUGGGCAGGACAAUUCUAGAACCUCAUUUGUGGUGGUGGGU